AUGCAAAAGUUUUCCCAAGUAGCAUAUUUAUUCCCAAGUGUAAAACAUGAUAAACUUGCAAGAAAACUAAUUGAUAUGAAUAAAAUAGCAAAAUAUAAAGUAGAAAAACUUUCUGAAAAGAUCUAUGUUGAAGUCAAAUCUGAAACUAUGCCAGGAUUAAUUUAUACAACUUGUGUGUAUGGGCAACCGACUGAUAUUUGCUGCCAAUGCCCUGACUUUCUUCAAAGCAGAGUUAUGUGCAAACAUCUUCAUGCUGCAGCUUUUUACAUUGAAGAUCUUCACAAGCAAGAACAAUACUCACAUUUACCUGCAAUGAAUUUUCCAACUUACCAAGAAUCCCAAAAUAUUCGAUCCAAUGUAUAUGCUGAUAAAUUUGAAAUACCUACAGGUUUUGGGGAUGAUGAUCAUGUUAGUGAUGAGGAUAAUAUUGAUGAUGAAAAUGAAAAUACUGAAAAUAAAAAGAAUGAUAAUAAUGAUGGUUCUACAUCAACCUCAUCUAAAGAAAUUCUUACUUACAUUAGACAUAUUCUUGGAUCUAAUACUCCAAUAGAAGUGUCUCAAUCGAAUGCACCUACAUCUACAUCAACUCCACUGAAAUAUAAUAUAGUUGAGAUUAAUAAUCUAAACAUCGCUGCUAUUUACCAACAAGAAAUCAAAGAAUUCUUGGAAUCUACUUCAAAAUGUCUUCAAGAAUUACAGAAUAACUUAAUAUUCCUUCAAAAUCUAGUUAAAUCUAAAUACUCAAUACAAGAACAUUUUAACUAUAGCGAUCAAAAUACUUUACUGUCUCACCUUCAUAAUAUUGUUACCUUAGAUGAUUUCAAAAAAACACAAGACCUAGUUAACAUUAUAUAUAAAGAAACAGGUCACCAUAAACGCAUAGCUUCCGAUAUCAGCAUUAUUCCACUUGAACAAGAAAAAAAACAGCAACAAAAACCAUCAUAUAAAAGUUAA